GAGGACGUCGUUUCAUUCCUAAACCUGGGAUAACCUGCCACGUGCCGAACACUCUCCCAUCCGAUCGGCAGUUCUCUUCCUCAGACCCUGCAUUCCUCGUCGGCCAGCUCAAUAGGGUACUUGUCAGUGUCCUCCACCCUCCAUAGUGCAGUAUUCACGUCAGCGAGAGACUCGGUACUUAAUUCAGAAUGGUGCGCGUAAUUGCGGGCUUCUCGGCGCUUUUGGCCGCCGUCUCGAUGCUGGCAGAGGCCGAGCAAGUGGCUGGCAUGACUAUGGAGCUGCACCGCCUACCCAAGCAUGACAUCCACCCGGAGAGAUACAUGAGACGCCUGAACAGCGAGGAAGAUGCGCCGGAACUCGUGCCACUGCACCUGGGACUCGGCACACACUACACGUGGGUGUAUGCAGGCACGCCGCCUCAGCGGGCGUCAGUGAUCGCAGAUACUGGCAGUGCAUUGAUGGCCUUCCCGUGCUCGGGCUGUGACGGAUGUGGCCACCACACGGACCAGCCUUUCAUGGCCGCUAACUCGUCCACGUUGGUUCAUGUAACUUGUGCGCAAAAGUCAUUCUUCCAGUGCAAGGAGUGCAAGGUACAGUCGGACACAUGCGGCAUUUCCCAGUCCUACAUGGAAGGAAGCAGCUGGAAGGCAUCAGUAGUCGAAGACAUCGUGUACUUGGGAGGAGAAUCGAGCUUCAACGACGAGGAAAUGCGCAACCAAUAUGGAACACACUUCCAGUUCGGCUGCCAGAAUUCUGAGACGGGAUUAUUCGUCACGCAAGUGGCCGAUGGCAUCAUGGGGUUGUCCAACACGGAGAACCACAUCAUUGCCAAGUUACACCGUGAGAACAAAAUCUCGAGCAAUCUGUUCUCGCUCUGCUUUACAGAGAAUGGUGGCACCAUGUCAGUUGGGCAGCCGCACAAAGCUGCUCAUCGGAGCGAAAUCUCGUACGUGAAAGUGAUCGCAGACCGCUCUGCUGGCCAUUUCUACAAUGUGCACAUGAAAGACAUUCGCAUUGGUGGCAAAUCCAUUAACGCCAAGGAGGAAGCAUACACACGUGGCCACUACAUUGUGGACAGUGGAACAACCGACUCAUAUCUCCCACGAGCUCUGAAGACGGAGUUUUUGAACAUGUUUAAGGAAGUUGCGGGUCGUGAUUACCAAGUGGGCAAUUCGUGUAAGGGUUUUACGAACAAGGACUUGGCGUCGCUGCCCACGAUCCAGCUGGUAAUGGAAGCUUAUGGAGACGAAAAUGCCGAAGUGAUUCUGGACGUGCCACCGGAGCAGUACUUGCUUGAGUCUAAUGGCGCUUACUGUGGUGGCAUUUAUCUGUCGGAGAACUCUGGUGGUGUCAUCGGAGCCAACCUAAUGAUGAACCGUGACGUGAUCUUUGAUCUUGGCAACCAGCGCGUAGGCUUCGUGGAUGCUGAUUGUGCCUACCAGGGAGCCGCAAACGCGACUGCGCCUCCGUCGAUCCACAAGGGUGGCACAACUACAACGACGUCUACUACGAAUGCUACAGUGCCAAAUGUUACACCGGGAGUUGCGAGCACUGCGGCACCAACUGCUGCUCCUACAUCAGCGGCCACAGCAGCCACUGUAGUGUCGACUCCCAAGCCUACUUUUGCUGCAGUUACCCCCCAGCCGCCUGCGUCAACACUGGAGUCGACAACGAAGCCUGAAUCCGCUACUGCGACGCCUGUACCUGUUGCUACGGCGCCUUCGGUGCCUGCAGUGACAGCUGUAAGAGCAAUUAACUCCUCAACGUUGGACACGGCUUCAAGUGCUGCUGACCAGAACAUCCAGCCAUUAUCAGAGGAAAUCACACCAACGACUCAGCCUUCGUCUUCUGCUGCUACGGGAGAUGAUAAGCCGAAGGAGAAGUCGUCAGGCACUCACCCGAUGGUGCUCACGAUCGUGGGUGCUGUACUGGUGGUAGGCUUCCUGUUGAUGAUGUUGAUUUCAGUAAGUCGACGGAGACAAAAGGACGGCAAGGAGCAGCUCUGGAGUCGUGUGAAGGGCGACGAGGAGGAUGACGACGAUGACGACGAGGAAGAGUUCGGUCUUGUGCGUAAGGACAAGAAGAAGGCAGUCACAACGAAGCACCAGAGGCUUAGUCAGGAAGAAGACGACGACGAUGAUCACCAUGAUCAGAGCAGCAGCGACGAGGAAGACGAGGUCUUCGAUAGGAAAUCUGUGCAGGAAGAGUCGAAGGUGGACAACCGAACGCUGGAUCGGCUCUAAAUACUGAAUGGAACUUGUAUUUCCCCACUGCCUGGUAAAUAAAGAUACACCAAACCGUCAAUGCUUCAGUUUUUAUUUUGAC